UCGAAAACUCAAUCAGAAGCACCCAUAUUGAUAUCAAGAGUUUGCUAAACAAUUCGAUGUCAUACGUUAAAAGAGGAAGAUUUCAAAACAAAACCGCCCUGAGUUUUUAUACUACAAAACAAUCAUAUUUCCGGACGAAUGGUCAAUAAAACCAACAACCUUGGCCAGUUAUUUUCAUUCGUAAAGUUUGUUUCUAAGAUGUAUACAGGUUUUCUUCUCCCUCUCGUUGUGUUCGGGUCAUUAUUCCAGAAGGCGGUUCUACACUGCUGUAUUCCUUCUCAGCUGCAGACGAAUAUAGACGUCUACCUUCCAGUUGGUAAUGGAACACUUCAAACAGUUAAUGUAUCGUAUGAUGCCUUGAGAAAAAGAGAAGCUAUUCAUGGUUACGCUGAUUCGAGUCACGAUGAGUUUGAUUUCAUUGUAGAUUAUCAAACUCAAACGACUUAUGAAUGGUCGAAAGGAGUGUGCAUUGUGUCAAAAAUAGAUGAUGAUUUUUCAGAGUUCUGUUUUACAGGAUGGAAAUUGCUUGGAAAAUCUUUUAUUGGUGUAUCUCCUGACAUCAUUAAAGUAGACGUUUACUCGACCUAUGAUGAUAAUGUUUUAACUGUUGGGAGAAACUGUACGCCUGUUCAUGUCGUUGAAAAUAUUUCAAUGGAUCCAGACAUUGAUCAAUUUGUGAUACUUGAUUUCUAUAACAUGACCAUGGGAAUCAAAGAUGAAUCGGUUUUCACUCCUCCAAAAUUUUGCUUUAAAAAGGUGUCGCAAGUAAAAGAAAAUGAAUCAAAACUUCCGUUUCAUCGAACUGCUUCUAUCUUUGGUUCAACAUUUGGAUGGUUUAAUAAAGCAACAUGAGCUGCAAUUUUCAUGUUGAAUUUUUUUGUUACGAAAAUGUUAUUUUCUACUAAAAUGACAAAAGAUCAUGGUUUUUUAAUAUCUUUUAAAUAUCUUAGCCCAUAUUUUUGUGUGAAAAGGCCGUUAAGAAGCCUUAAUUGAAGCAUAAUUGAAUUAUUGUCGUCCUGUACAAAAAUUGAUUUGCUACAUAUUCCUUAGAAGAGAAAUAAUCUUUCCUCUGGCAAAAAUUAAUCAUUUUUUUAAACUUAUUUAUCAUAAAAGAUUAAGUUAUAUGCAGACUUAUCAUACUACAAUGAAGCAGCUUUUUGCAACAAAAUAAAAUUGUAAAAAAUUACAGAUCAUAUUGCUUUUAGUAAAGAUGUGGUAUGGAAUUUAUUAGUUAACAGAUGGAUUGUAUUUAUAAAUUUUUCACUUCCUUAUAAUUCCUUUCUGUGUUAUUUAGUUUUAGAAAAUGAAACAAUAAUUAAUUAAUUUGUUUUCAUUGAGUAAAUACGAGAGAAUAAAAUGAAUAAAAAUGAUGACAUUUGAUGUUUUUGAUAUAUUAGGUAAUUGUGAAAUUUUAGGGAAAAAAUAUGUCAUCAAUGUUUCAAUAAGCCUUUAACACUUAAGCAAAACUACUACUGUUUCAUGUAUAUACCAUGAAAUAUUAAUUUUUAUGGAGAAAACUACACAAUUUAGAUUAACAAAAGAAGAGAAUAAAAUAAGGAAAUAUCCUCUAGAUUUUCUCCAACCGUCAAAAACCAAAAUUACUGGCACGAAGUAAAUCUAAAUGUUGUUAUCAAAAUAAUCUUUUGAUCAUAAUUAAUAAUUAGUCGUUUGAUUUAUUAAAUUUCUGUUCAAUCAAUAGAUACUCUUAGAAAGUAUUUUACUUCAACUAACAAAUGUUUAAUGCAGAUACAAAUUUAAUUUCUUCAUGUUUUGUUGUUAAAAGAAUUUCAUUGUAAAGACAAAGAAAAUAUUCCUUUUGUUUUAUUUUGAAACGCAUUGAAAUGAAAUUUUGGUUGAUUUUUUUUUCAAAUAAAAUGCAGAAGUCUGGUAUUGUACAA